GGAAGGGGGACUUUAAACUCGUUCCAAACCUACCAACUAGCAUUAAUUUUCCCUAGAAUUGCCAGUUGGCGAUCCUACAAUUCAUAUCGACGUGUUGUCAUGGAAACAGCGUUUCGAGAUGUGGCCUGUUUUCCCUUCACGAGUCGGCAUGAUUCAAUGGACGACACGAAAUGUGUAGAGUGGGAGUGACUAUCUUGGGAGUGUUUCAUUGAUAAAAAAAAAUGUCAGAUUGUACAUAACCUCACCGUGACAUGUAUUUUCUGUUUUGUGAAAUAACGUGAGGGAACGGACAUGUUUCUCUUUUUAAGUUGCCGUAAAGAAUUUCUAAUAACCUAUUAUGAUUAGCCCCGAAAACAUAGCAAGUAACCUGAUUAAGGAAAGUAGAAAUCCAAAAAGCCCUGGGGAAAUUAGCAUUUUACUUCAGCAGCUUCAUGAAGCAGUUCAGGUAUCAAGUGAUGUGGACAGUUUCAUUGGCCCAAUUAUGAAACUAUUGCCUAAUAAUAAUUUUGAAAUUAAGCGAUCUGUGUAUUCUUUACUUCCAAGGAUAUGUUCAAUACAUCCUGAUUCUGCACUUUUAGCAGCCAAUACAAUUGUGAAAGAUUGUAUGGACCCCAAUCCCUAUGUAAAAUGUGUUGCUUUGUCUGCAGCAUGCUCUUUACCUCAGAUAUUGGAACAUACAAAUUCAGUAUUAUUACAAUUAUUUGAUGAUGACAACCCAAAAGUGCGACAUUCAAUUGUUCUGGGCAGUGGCAAGUUAUUUAGAAAGGCACCAGAUGUUGUUAAGGAGAUGGGCUAUGUUGACAGAUUAUAUGAAUGUGUCAGGGACAGUGAUCCUGUUGUAGUAACAAGUAGUUUACUGACUCUGGAUGUCAUAUUAGCAUCAGAGGGUGGUGUAGUUGUCAAUCGGAACAUGGUAAAUUAUUUAAUGGGACGACUUCCUGAAUUCCCAGACAUGCAGUUAGCAGACAUUUUACAAGUAUUUCGUAAAUAUACUCCUGCAAAUGAAGAGGAACUUUUUCGAGAGAUGAGUAUUUUAGAUCCGUAUUUAACAUGUUCCACAAAUGCUGCAGUAACUGUGAGCUGCAUCAAUCUAUUUUUAUUUCUUGUUGAAAAGGACUUCUCACACUUAACAAGUGACAUCAUCAAACGGUCCUUACCUGUAUUGAGAGAAUUUCUCAAAUCCUCUGCAUCAAAACUCUAUGUAAAAAUUAUUCUUGAUUUCUUAAUAUCGAUGAUCCAUCAAAAGAAGUAUGAUUGGCUAAAUGCUUUGAGUGAGUGUCCUGACCUAUUCUUUCCCCAAGAAAAAGAUGAUUAUAAGAUCAUAAGAAAAAAAAUCUCUAUUCUUCCAUAUGUGUGUGAUGAAGAAAAUUAUAAAACUGUUCUUGAAGCUUUAAAAGAAAAGUACUGUUUAAAUAUGAACACACAUAAAGAUGCAAUAAUGUGUGCAUCUUUAAUUGCAAAACGCUGUUCUGUUAAUGUUGGUCACGAGUGCCUAAAAAUAUUUCAUACUCUCUUAGAAUUAAAAAGUGAUGUUAUAUCUGAUUCAGUUUUAAAUGUUUUACAUACACUUGAUUUACUUAAGUAUGACAGAAGUAAUGUGAGUCAUCUUCUUCACAAAGUUUUUACUAAUGCAUAUUUAAUCCAUAAUGUAAAUGCUGUUCCUGCUAUGGCAGUUCUUUUGGGUGAUUACGGAGAAUUUGUUGAUAAUCAUUCAGCACAUGUUUUAGAAUCACUUGUACAAGAUUUUGAAGUACAUGAAGAUGAAAGAACAAAAUUGUUAAUUCUAAUGGCUAGUGUAAAAAUGUUCCUAAAGAUGCCUGCAAAAUGUCAGCAUAUCUUGGGAGAAGUGUUUGAAAAAUGUAUGAGUGGUAAAAAAGAGCCAGAUGAUUUAUUUAAUAAAGCAAGAAGAUAUUAUUUAUUAUUACAGCAUGAUGUGGAAUUAGCAAAAAAAAUUCUGCUUGGCAGUUGAUAUAAUCAAUUUUUAUAUUCUGAAGUGCCUUAUAUUUGUUGUGAUAGUAAUUAAUAAAAGAAAUUAUAAAUAUAACUGUACUCGGAAUUGUUUUCCUCUGACUUGUCAAAUUACAAUGGUCAACAAGAUUUUCUUCACAAGAUAUCUUAUUACUGAAUCUAGUGUUUUUUUCACACUGAAUUCAGAUAUAUAUUCAGUAUUUCUCCAUCAGGCACAGUUUUUUAGUGACAGCUAUGUUUUAAAAUCUGAUUUUAACCUUCUCUUUGGCCUGUGAUAGGUACCUUUACCUUACAUGUAGUAAUUUUAUUCAAGCUGUAUUUAAGGAAAUUAUGUAUAAUAUCAUGUAAUUUGGGGGUAGUUUACAUGAAGUCCCCCAACAUUUUCUGAAAGACAACUCCAAUUUUUUUCUUUAAAUUUCUUGUAAGAAUAGAGUAAAAUGCACUUAUAAAAGGUGGCAUAGGUCUGAUUUUCAGGGUUAUCUCUG